GCUAGGUUACCCAAUGUAAUAAUGUGUCAACCCGCGUUAAGAGGCAGCUUUUAAGUUAGACACUUUAUUACAGAGGAAGUCAUGGGCUUACAGGUAGACGGUCCCCAGGAGCCCCUACAGGAGAAACUGCAGCAGAUAGCAGCCAGAAUCAUUCAGAAGGCCUGGAGAGGAUAUGUGUACAGAGAGGUCUUCAAGUAUUUCAGAGACCAAAUCAACAGUUGCAACAGGCAGGAUCCACGAACGAUCCUCAAAACAGUCAAUCCUCGGGAGACAGAGUUGCUGGAUGCUGCUGCUGGCGUGUUCGUCAGAUUUCGACUCGGAGGGAUUACCUUUCCUCCCAACAUCUAUUACAAGAUCUUCACCUAUCGACCUAUCACGGAUGUGUGUGCCUACAGCCCGAAGGACUACACCAAGCUGGACCUUAAGAAGUCUGUGUACGGACAGACCAAGACCAUGCAGGAGGACAGAUCAGGAUGGUACCAGCGCAUGGAGAACAACAACUGGAGGCUCUACUGUAGCAAGAUGGUUCCCAUUAGUGAGCCCGUAGAGAUCAGUGCUAAGAAGAAAAUUGACUUUCACUAUUCCAGGUUGAAGCGGCAACAGGAUAUAGACAAGUUCCGGAAGAAGAAGAAAAUUGAAUGGAUGAAGCAGAUGUAUAACCAAGGCCGUCUGCAGACUGAAACGGUGCACGGACACAUGGAGACGCUGGUGGAGAAUUCAGCCCAGGAAGUGAUGGACUCCAUUGAAGAGAAAGAAGAUGAAGAGCUGCUGGCCUGGGCCAAAGCUCUCAACUUUGACGAGUAUAUGCAGGAGUGGAGCACCUUGGCCUGCAGUUACUUCUCUGAGCCAAGCAGAGAUGUUCAUUCAUAUCCACCCUGGUUAGAUCUCCAUGGGUUGGCUGCUGAGGCUGAUGAAGACAGUUAGGUAAACCAGAAUAAAAUAAUCUAAGUUAAAAA